AAGUAUUAAUUGCUGUUUAUUGCCUGUUUGCCAAAGAACUUAGCAGCUUGCGUGAAAAGGGUGCGACAAACGAGAAUACACUGUCUGUGAAGUAUACAACGAGUCUUAAUGGAGUCUUCACCGUCUCUUUCAAUGAAGGCAAAUGCUUUCUCUAUAGCCUCUCUGAUGUCCUCUAGAGAUGAUCGAGGCGAUUUUGGUAAGAGCAUAAAACGACACAAGUAUUUUGACGCACUUAUCAGCUAAGUCAUCCGUUUUGAGAUUCUGACAAAGUGGCGCAAAUUUUGAGUGCCUUAGAGAGUUGGUUCGAAGCAUUAUUUAAGGGUCACAGCUAAAUAUAUGUAUUUUUUAAUAAUUUCAUUCUCUAGAUCCGAAAUUGUCUCCAAAAGACAGAGCGGAGAGUUUUUCUGAAGAAGAAACUACUCAACCACCGCCGGCAAAGAGGAUGAAGUCUUCGUCAAGCGAAGAAACCAUCGAAGACAAAGAAAGCGGGAAUGAGUACGAAAACCCUUCUAAGGACGAACUGAGAAACAUAACCGUUGAAUUGGAAGGAAAAGAGUUAUGGGAGAGAUUUAGUGAACUUGGAACUGAAAUGAUCAUUACUAAGGCUGGAAGGUGAAGUGCAUUGUGAGUCGUCUGUGGCGCGCUGACCUGGAAAAGCUUAUGCUUUUUGUGCAGUGCCACCAACUGAUCUUUACGCUAACCGCUUGUAAAUCGGUGCCGGAAAUCAAAGUUGUUAAAAAGAUAACAAGCUGUUUUAUAAACAGCAUCUAUGCGUUUGCAUAAACAUACGUACGGCUCUUUAUUGAUGCUUCCUACCGUGUAAAUUAUCACAUUCACUCACACAAACCACUGGACUGAAAGUUUUGAUUUCUCAUCUGAUAAGUGAUGUUAAGGUGCAAUGUCGAUGAUUUAAUUUGCCAGACCCAUAACAGAAAUAACCACAUAUUCUGAGUGCGCCCUUAACAUCUACUUUCCAAACAAUUACUGAGAGUAAUUCUCUUUUUCGCAGGCGCAUGUUUCCCACAUUAAGAAUAUCUGUGAACGGUGUUAACCCCAAAGCAAACUAUAUGGUCUUGAUGGAUAUAGUGCCUGUUGAUGACAAACGCUACAGAUACGCCUAUCACCGUUCAACUUGGCUUGUGGCGGGUAAAGCUGAUCCACCAGCGCCUGUAAGACUCUACAUGCACCCAGAUUCGCCUUUUACCGGCGAGCAGUUGUUGAAACAGAUCAUAUCGUUUGAAAAAGUUAAAUUGACCAACAACGAUGGCGACCGUAACGGACAUGUAAGUAAACCGUUUUCUUUUUUCAUUUAGUACUUCAGAAGGAGCUUCUAUAAUCUCUCCUGGUCUGAGAAAUAAUUUUACCUCUUUGAUUCAACAUUCAUAGCACCUUAAAUCCAAACCACUUUGUACACAAUUUGUCUCUCUUCUAGGGCACACAGUUUCAGAACAGCUCACAAAGAGCGGUUCGUACAUCAACGAAAUAUUAGUUCUUGAACAUUCAUGGUGCUUCAGCUUCCAAAAACCCAUAAAACUUGAAGAAAGUUGACAUCCAAUUGAAAAAUAAUUAACUUUUGGGGUAAUAAGAAGCUCAGAAUCCUACGCAAUCGGGGGCAUCAUUCUAAUUUGCAAACUGCUCGUCUUACUUCAAACUAUCCUACGAUUUUUGUUCUAUAUGGCACGUUUAGUGAUUUGCCUUGUUUUUGAACAUUGCAGCUCAUUCUUAAUUCUAUGCAUAAAUACCAGCCUCGAGUGCAUAUUAUUCGUAAACGUGACCACACAGCUUCUGUAAUUAAUCUCAAGUCCGAGGAGAUGAAAACCUUCACCUUUCCAGAGACAAAUUUCAUUGGAGUGACAGCAUACCAAAAUCAACUGGUGAGUAUUUUUUCAUGAGCUAACUGUUUCAUUAAAUAUCACAUUUUUAAUCCUGCGCUAUUUGUAGCAUUUGGAAAAUUAUGUAGCGCCUAAAGAUGUAACAGACAAAUUGUGGGAAACUAAAACGUUAUUCCCCUGUUUCACGCUUUAAUUGAAUUAUCAUUUAAUUAGGAAAAACACAUGCAACCUCAAGAGCUCAUUUCAAGGUUCUUCUUCUCCCUAGCCAUGUAGCAACAAAUUAUGGCUUUUCUGUUGCAUAAAAUAUUUGCGUAUUUGUAACUACUAUGUGAACGAGUUCUUUCAGAAAUGAAAAGGAGAUUUUCUGAAGCCAACACAGUUUAAAAUUGUUCUCGACGAGAUAUCAUUAAUUGUAAUUAACAAAAAAAAAAAAACUAAAAAGAAUGGUCGAUCGUGAUCGGAAAUAUGUCCCAAUAUAUCUAGAAUGCACAAAGACGGAUGUGGGUAAAAAAAAACAUACACAAUGGCUUUCCUAUUAACAUCUUGGUCAGUUCCAUUGAGCGAGAUCCUUUCUUAAUAACGUAAUUUAAAGCCACUAAUGUCCGUCUUUAUUUUUCCGCUUCGCAGAUCACACGAUUAAAAAUAGAUAGCAAUCCAUUUGCCAAAGGUUUCCGGGACUCAUCACGUCUUAUUCCAGUAGAAAGGUGGGUGUCAAAAGUAAGGAAGGUAAAUACUCUUUUCACUGCCGUAAGAGUUCAAAUUUGGAAAAACGAAAAUGAGCAUACAAAACAUUAUCUUAAAACAAGCUAUGGUUGAAGAAGUAAAGCACUGUUUUUCUAUCGACAGUAGUUUUACGUAACACCUUCGUUAACGUCUUUCCUUGUAUUUAACUUUUGUAUUUCUUAUCCCAGUUAACGCAGCGACUCUGCUCUGUCAUGAUAGAGUUAGAAUCCACCUGAGUGGAGAUAAAUCUUGCCGCUAUUCGCUGAUUCAAAGAACAAUGACUUAAGACUAGAAAUUGUCGUGCUUAGGGUCCUUUUCAAACUCUUGCAUGUAGAUACCCAUAAACCAUGAAAAUGAUUCCAUCUUCAACUUCUUUUGUUUUAAUUUCAGAGACUGUUUUCACGACGGUCACCCCCCUUCGAUGGUUACAGACCCGUUGUAUCCGUCUCUUUCCUUUCCGCUAAUACCACAGCUUGGGGUUAACAACAGAUACCAGCUUCCCAAGAUCGGCUGUAGAUCUCAAGACAAGGCAACUUUCUUCCAAACAGGUGAUUUAAGUUAAAAAUCAAGCGGACAUGAGUACUGAGGAAAAUUUAGAAACCCGACCAUAUGUACCGCAGACAUGAAUCAAGGAAAGAUACCAAAAACUUGCUAUUUAAUCUUUCACAACUUUGCGAUUUCUCCCAGUUAUUUUAACGAAAAUAUGCAAUAUUAAAGCGAUGCACCGAUAUGGGUGGCGUGAAUUGAUUGGUGAAUUAAUCGAAGUGAAAUCGAUUAUCUGAGUUUUAUUUUCUCACCACAAUCUACUUAAAUAGGGCGUCUUCUAGGAACUUAGUGAUAGACAUAAACUAGUCCUACAGGCACAUAUUCCCAGCAAAAAGCGACCACUUUGUUUUUCAAUCUGUGCUUGUCACGAUAUUCCCUUGUUUUACGUUUUCGCGAGUGUCAUCUACAAUGGUUUGUAUCUCGCUAAAUAUAAGGGAAUUCACUUUCUGCAAUUAAUGAUGAAUUAUACCUUCGAAUAUAUUCUAAUGUAAAAAUUGCCGAGAAAUAGUGGACCUGUUUUCGUGGCAGUUUUGCAUGAGAAAUUUAAGUUUUGAUUUUUCACCACCCAAGGUUAUAAAAAUGCUAAAGAAGUGUUUCAUGAUCUCUUCUUGCUCUCAUUUUCUUCUUUUCUGGCUAUUUUCUUGUCCUUUACGGGUGGCAAAUGCUCCAAUUUUGCGAAACAACAUACCAUCCUUAUAAUGAACGUUCAUCAGUCCUCUCUUACUGUAUAUGUAUAAUUUGAAUAAAUAAAUAGUGUCUUACGAUCUUUUUUUAAAUUUUAAAUAGCUUGAAACUUUGGAUCGCAUUAAAUCAGAACCAUUUCUCUGCAAUAUCACGUUGUACAUGUUUUAAAGCAGGCUCAAUGUUACUUUCGUGACCCAAGGUUCGACGAAAUGCCUGUAUCAUUUGUUUCUUUCCUUUCGUCCUUAACCCUUAAUUUAUUUUAUCAGAAUCCUCCAACUCUCUCUCUCUUCCUUUUUUCAAGGGUGUCCACCACCGUCACCAGCUAUUCCAAGAGUUCCUUUCACAGGAGUCCUAAGUCCCUUUCACCAGCAAGGUUUGCCCAACUUAUUGUCGUCUAUUUCUUCACCAAAACCCAUGGGAGCGCUGGAAGUACCUCCACUACCACCUUACAGUGUUCACGGGGACUUUGCUGGCUCAACGUUACCCUUCUUUUAAACUAGACGUAUAUUACAUGCAGUGAGAUAAUAGAAUCGGAACGACGAGUACAUUUCCUCUUUGACUAACAGGAUAUCUGCAUCAUGACCAUGGCUUGUAAAGCACAUUCUGCACCCAAUAUUUAUCAUGCUCAUUUCGCCAAUUCCUUUGGCGACUUGCAUCAUAUUUUGUAUGUUUGCAUCAUAUGUUUGGAAAGGCUAAAUUGGCCUUUAAAAACUCAUUCCCUUUAUGAUCGAAAGAUUUUGCUUGCUUUUAAGCUACUUCGGCUAUGUUCGACCAUUUUGAAUUAGUAUGUAUUUAAGGGUGAACAUAUUGAUUAAGGACAUUUAUAUACCUUUCCUAUGGAUAUUACACCCACGCACCAACAUUCCUUGCCGGUAAACUAAGUUACCAAGUGAUGAAGUUACUAACUUCAAUCGCUUGCGUAAAGAUACUGGUAAAGACAAUAAUUACUCAUCUACAAUGUCAAUAGAACUUGUAUUAUUGUAUAUAGUGUUAUGUUCCUGGAGUUAAGAAUAACCAAUCAAGUAAUAUCGUCAUUACAGCAUUUAUUAUGAAGAUAUAGAAUUCCUCCCUUUGAGCAGGUUGUGGUAGGUCUCAUAGACCCCUUUUCCUUUGAAAUAAUUUCUUGUUCGAUUGUUUUGUAGCAAUUUUUUGUUCAAAUUUUGUGGCGGAUCGGCGAAACUCUAUUUAAAAAGGCCAACGAUCUAAUAAGUGUGAAAAAGGUUGUCCUUCCUUCUUUUUUUAAUUAUUUUUACUCUUGGAGAAACUUUAUAUGUGACCUAUUUAUUAUUUUUAUUUGGAAUAUCCUGGGAAAAGAAAUGUGAACAAAACGAAUUGUAAAAAAUGAAACUUUAACCAAUUAGUUAUAAUGAUGCAUCUUCAUUAAAGUGUUUCAGUUGUAUGAUAUCGAUGUCCUUGGUGUUGUUUGAGAUCAUCUUUUAAAGUUGAAAAGCAGACAAAGAAUGUGUUCCCUUUAGAAAGGCAGUAAUUUAGAUUUUGGGAAACAAUGGAAAAAGGUGAGGAGCACAGACAUCGCGAUUGAGCUAAUUCCUUGAUAUUCGCGGUUAGUAGAGUGCAAGCAUAAGAAAAUACCAUACAGCGUUUGUUGACUCUGCAGCUUAUGAGGGUUAAGGGUUCCUUCAAGGGAAACAAUAACGUUCUCAAGUUGACACUAUUUGAGCAUUAAGAUCAUCAUUUCAGUCACGAUAGUCAGGCCAGCGUCUGAUCGGAAAAAGCGCAUCUGAAAGGUUUUUUUUUUGUAUGGUUUUGCCAUUUAACAAUGGAAUACUGUCAGCACCUUUACAUCAACACAGUUUGUUAUCAAGUGUUGAGUGCUGAACAGUCAGCAAAAGGUAAAGGCCUGUUAGUCGAUUGGCUUCACAUUUCCCAACUACAUUACGUGAUGGCCUAAGAGACUCAUGGAGCUUCGAGGUCUAAAUGAACGUCAGAGCUAGAGAGUCUCUGUGUCACCAGCUCGGCAAAAAAAUCUGCUGAAUAUUCGGACAGAUUAUCCAUUCAAUUAAUCUGGAAAAUUGAUCUUAAAAUAAGCUGUGAACAGAAGCCAGGAAGAUGCGUAGAUAACCCCGUGUCACGGGAAUAGGCGGCAUUGAACUGUCGAAGAUGUUACCGACGGAUGGAAGCGGCUGAGAUGUCCUGAUAAGAGAAAAGAUGAGGCCAUCAAUCCGGGUCAACUAAGAACAGAUGGUCAGGUAUGAAAUUACUUCGGUCUUCUUUACUGCUUGUGGACUCAUUUUUUAUUGAAAAGAUGCUUACCUUUCUUUAAACUUUCAUUGUAAGACCCAAGUACAGUACCGUGUAACAAUGUUUUUGUUCCCAAGAGUCUCCGUGGUGGCUCCUAUUUGCGAAGAAAAUAGCUUGAUACAAUCAUCAAUUUGUUUAUUCAAUCAUCACUUUACGUACUUUUACUUUGUUUUAAUAUCUACAAAUUUUAAUUCAAUUUUGACAAAUAAGGCACAAAACGGCGGCAUAAAUUCCAUUCUUUGAUAUGCCAAACUCAAACCAUUACCCUUUUUUGAGAUAGUUUGAUCAAAGUUUUAAGGUUAUUGAGAGAGAUAGCAAAGCGUAAGUCGAACGUUUAAAAAGCAAACGUGGCGGUAAUAAACCAUCUCCUGCAUAAUCAUUUUCUUUGUUUUUAGAUCUACCCCAUUUCUUUUGUUACGGUCGAAAUCAAACAAAUAUGCAUUAAUUUGCAAUUUAAGACCUCCAAGAAACUAAUACGAUAAGCCGAUUUUUAUAAGUGGAACAGCUUAUGUUUGGAUCAUCAAAAGUAAUUUUUUUUUUCAAUUUAUCUUUUAAAUUGAAUCCUCGAUGAAGGUUCCGCUGGACAAUUUGACGACGGUAUCAAAAUUGACACCGACAUCGGAAAAUAGAGUUUGAUCCGUCAAUAAGGCAGUGUUUGACCUAGUAUGGAGAUAUCCAUGGGAAAUAUAUCGCUAUUGAUAAUUUAAGGGCACCAGAUAAAGCUAUUAAUACAACUUUUUGUCAUUCCCCUAUCCCAAAAAGUAUAGAUAAAUCUAUAUCAGAAGAUUGCCUGAGGAAAAGCAUUUAGAAAAUGUCACCACCCAGUGCCUUAUCAGCCUGUAACCCAUAGUUAAGGAUAGUGUAACUCGCCCAAUGACUUCUCCUAUAUCUUUCUUCUCCAUAAAGCAACUGAAACUAAAAUAUCCUUCAAUGUCUCUCACGAAAACGUUCUCGAACAAUCAUUUAUGUCAGUAUGCCGAGUCAAUAGUCAUAACGAAGAUAACAUUCUCUUUAUUAAUAUUACUCAUUGAUUACUCAAAUUGAUAGUCGAUCACCAAUCUAUAUUCCAGACAACAACACAAAUGAACUCUGCUUUUUCCAUUAUUCCAUUACCUUCCUAUCAGAAAGGCUACGAUCACAAUUUCAGUGAAAUAGUUAGCAGUGUCUGGCAGCGUUCAGUUAAAAUGUGAAUCGGAAAUGCUAUUAACUUAUCAGUUCUUCGAUAACUGGAACACCAGAUGUACCUAAACAAGCUAUGCAUCAUGUUGUCAACACUUGGCCUUAUUCUUUUUCAUUAACCUUGUAGGAAACUGUUUCCCUUGAUGCUAAAUACGACUCACUUUGAUAACAGCCUGGCAGUUCCUUCUGUCUCUUCUAUCAUCCGUUUUCACGCAAACUCCCGAUUGGAUGUUUGAAAAAGAGAGCCCAAACAGUGAAAUUGUGGAAGAUAAUAGCACUAUCUGAGUAUGAUUAUGUUUGUAUUUUCCAAAAGAUGUUGAUAAAGGCGUAUACCUUGUUGGGCCCGGCGAAUCUCAUUGCCUUAAUGAUCCUAAGGAAUUUCCUUCCAAGACUUUUUGAGGUGAGUGAGUGCAAAGCAAGAUUUUGGGCUUCAGAUAUUUUUCAGCAGAGGAGAUAGUUUUAUAUUAAAUUCAGUGCAACUGUUGUACCUAAGAGUAAAAAAUCAGGAGAUGCAUAUCAUUAAAAGAAUCUCUUAAGUAUGUGAUAACGAGCGAUUGAAUGCUUAGCAUCAUUCUCGGUCUCUUUGCAAAUCCUAGUGAAAUUACAUAACGCGCUAAGGUUUUGCAACCAACUUGACUUUCAAGAAGACAAGGUCUGGACAGGAAAUUUCAGGACCUUCAUGGAAAGUUCUAGGUCGUAUGUUAAUUUUUACAAUAAUAGAAAACCUCCUGCUUUUCAGACGCCAAAUUACCUGUUGUGGUAUUUAUUUAAAAUUUCAUACACCAAUUCAUUCCUAAAGAGAAACUCAUAUAAAAAUAGCGGUACAAUCGUAACUCAUCCGCUUAUUGUUACGUCGUUUUCCAACAGUGCAGGUCACCAGAGGUUAUGGCAGAGUAAGAUAACAAACAUCUUGUCAAAUUGUCGAGACCCUAUUUGGAAUGUGCGUGAUUGUUGCCCUCUGCGUCACACCAAUAUUGAAUUCAAACGUUAAAAAGGGAUGAUUCAAUCGCAAAGCUACUUUUAAAGGCAAUUCUCGCUACCAACCACAAAUUAUUAUUUUCCGGGAUGGUAUAAAUUUUGGUUUAUCUAAAUCUGACCAUUGUUUAAACAUCAAUGCGUUAGUUUUGAUUGGCUUAUGAAAGGCAUAAGCCGAGAUCCAAUCAACAGUUACUUUAAUAGCUGUUUAUGACUUGUUUGUGUGUAACAGUGGUAAUAUGAAGGGUUUACGGUACUGUGAAUAGACCAGGACGCUAUGGCAGAGUGCUACGAUCCAAGCAACACACAAUCAAAUCUCUCUUCUAAGGCCACGGCAUUUUCAAUUGCGUCUUUGAUGGCUUCGGAUGAAACUGGUACUUCAUCUCUGCUGUAUUAUUACUGUUUCUAUUCAUAUUAGCCUCAGAGUAAACCAUUAGUUUAAAGGCACAUCUGGAAGCAAAUGACAAAGAUGUAGUGACCCGCUCUUUUCUGAACUAGAUAUAUUCAUAUAAUAGGAUCUAUGGUGUCAAGCCCUUGAAACUGUUUCAGUUUUCAAAUGAUGAUCCCAAACGAACAAUCGAUACUAACCUGGCCCUCUUCGCACGGCGAUGAUAUGUUUUCAUAACUAUCACGGGUGCGAUGAGAGGGUGUCAUUGCCCUAUCAACGAAAAUGAACCUACUUCUAGGCUGCUUUCUUACGUAUUUAACACGUUGCUAUUUGUUGCAUUUAGGAGCAGAUGAAGCGAAGAGGAAGAAGCCUUGCGCUAACGAAGAUGUUAACGUGCAAGGCUCUGCAUCUUCAAAGAGGCUCAGAUCCUGCGGAGGAAUCAAUAUAGAUAGCGUUUCAGAUGCGACAACUUCUUUGAAUUCAGGAGCCGUUGGAGAUGUAGAAACUAUUACUGCUACCUUAGAGAGUCGCGAUCUAUGGGAUCGUUUCAACGAAUUGGGUACAGAAAUGAUAAUAACAAAGUCCGGAAGGUAGGAUUAAGAUGUUGUGUUGUUUUAAUACUGCUGAGGAUUUUUUUUGUUUUGUUUUAAUAUUCCUUCUAAUGGCCUGUCUAAUUAUCGAGUACUGUUUCGUUUCGAUCAAUGUUGCUGUUAGGUACUGAAAAAUUCUUAAAACGCAGUCGCGAGCAUGUGUUAGAGAUCCGCCACUUGAAUGACCGCAGACAAUAUAACAGUGAAGACAACUGUUUAUGCUACCUACUGUAAGGUUAAGUGAUCUCGGAAAAAUUUAUAAUGAGGAGAAUUACCUCCAUUGUGAUAUGCAGAAUUUGCAAUUAAAUCUGAGUAUUUUGCACGCGAUAAUGCGCUCCAAAUGACUCCUUUCUUUCGACUUGAAAAGGCGACCGCAGAGACACACAUACUUCACACCAUGUUCUGUCUAUUGCCUUAUUGACAGGUAUUGUAGAUAGCAUCCGAAAUUGCUCACGAACGAAGUAGCUAGUUGCACUUUUAAUCAAGAGAGACCCUUUUUUAAGGGAAACUGGAAAAAAUUCAUCUGACAUAGAACGCAAGUUGCUUUUUGCGUUAGAGGUUUGAGACGACUUAUUUUUUGGUCUGUUAUGAACCAUGGAUUACUCGUUCGUGUCAAGAAACUUUUCAAAGUGUUGGUCAAACUACGGCCAUGAUGCAGGAGACUUUACGAAUAAAUUUCACAGUAUGAAACUCACAAUUUAGAUUGUUCGUUAUUGUUAUUGUUCCUAUGAUUGUGAAGAUCGAUUUGUCCGGAAUAAACUCUUUCUCUUUAGCUUAUUAUGCUAUGUAUUCAUGGAGCUAAAUAUGACACUUCGGUUUCCUUCCCUGAUUUCGCUCAUCAUUGAAAUAAUUCAGGCUUGUCUAUAAAACUAUAACUUGACUGCAACAAGUGACAAAAUAGGAAGCAAUCAAAUCAGAUGAAAAUCAUCGAAAUUCCAAAACUUCCAUCACCUUUUCAAUGAGGGGCUACCUUACUCUUUAGGAAAUCCUUUCCACUGCUUCUCUAAAUUCCUUCCUAAAGCUAUUCUGGUGAUUGAGAUCAAUGAAUUUGUAUCUAAUGAUUUUUAGUUUCAUCUGUGGAAAAGUCCCCUUUACCAAAUGACUUGCAUAUCAAGAAAGAGACCAUUUUAGGCAGCCCUGCAAUGUAAUGUUGAAGAACACUGUUUUCUGGGCGUGAGAGAACGAAGUACAGACCUAUAGUACUUUUUCACUAAAAUUAUGUGCUUAUUUUCUAAUUCAUGCACAACCUAUGAAAGCUCCAUAACCAGAAUUGUUUAACUGGGAAAGGAUAUUGAUAGCUUCAAUCUUAACACUAUGAACUCUCUAUAAGUUGUCUGCUGACUUCUCAGCAGCAACUUGACAAUUUUUGCAGUUUGCUCUAAUCAUUUGACUAACUUGUAAACAUGUUUGCCCUUCAGCUCUUGGUGAUUUUGUUAUGAAUAUCUUGCUCCACUUCUUUCAAUAAUGAUGUCACGUUAUUUCGUUUAUGUUUAUUAUCAUGAGUAGAUGGUUCUAUUAAUUGUCCUUCUCUUGAAAGUAGCUAACGAUGAUUUUUACAGAGAAGCUUGCAAAAGAAAACCAAUAAAUAAUGACAUAACAGUCAUUAAACUCAUUAAAAGAAAUAAUAAAACUGUUGAAGAGUGCUUUCGCUGACUUUAUGUCUUUGCCUUUUAAUUACAAAGGAGAAUGUUUCCAACCCUGAGAAUAUCGCUGAACGGUGUUAGCCUUGGGGCAAAUUACAUGGUCUUGAUGGAUAUAGUGCCUGUUGACGACAAACGUUACAGAUACGCCUAUCACCGUUCGACCUGGCUUGUGGCGGGAAAAGCUGAUCCACCAGCGCCUGUUAGACUCUACAUGCACCCAGAUUCGCCUUUUACUGGCGAGCAGUUGUUGAAACAGAUCAUAUCGUUUGAAAAAGUGAAAUUAACCAACAACACGACUGACCAGAAUGGACAUGUGAGUAAGAGAGGACUUUAUUUAUAUUCUGAAAUAUUCAUUAUGGAUACAGCGAGGCGUUUAGAAUGAAAGCGAUUGCAUGAAAAAAAAUUUCCUUUUUUUUUGGUUAUCUUCAUACAUAAAUGAUUUCGUGCAGACACAAGUAGAACAAAGUCGCCGCAACCGGUUGGCGGGGCCUCUAUCUCCGCCGGCUUCUACAGCAGAUAACGGGCGGCGUUCCAAAAGCGGAUAAGAUUGGGUGAAUAGCUUGUUGGAUUCUCCGGAGACUUUUAACCAGUUAGCAAACAAAAACACAGAUCCAUCGAGUUUAAGAAAAGAGAUUUACACCGUAGAAUUAAUAUCGAAUUGUUCUUUAAGCUACUUUCAUUGCACAAAUUGUACCAAAUUUCAACAUAGCGAAGUUUGGAAAUUCAUAAUCUAUCUGUUUGUAAACCAAGAUAAACGUGUGCUAAGAUUUGUUCGAUUUCAUAAUUUCCUUUAGAAAACUAGGACUAUUCCAGUGUUUUGCUGAUCAAGUUUUAGUCAAGAAAGGUUAUUUUAUUUCAAUCAACGUCCUUCGAAAUAAAAUUCUUAAAAGCAGUAUCUUCACAGAAACGUUCGAUGUGGACGAUUAUCACGACCACUGGCUGUUCAUUAACAGGUUUAACCUUAAGUUAGUUGUAUUAUGUCUUAAACACUGCCUAUCCUUCAACAGAUUGUUCUCAACUCCAUGCACAAAUAUCAACCUCGAGUGCACAUUGUUAGAAAACGAGACCACACUGCCUCAGUGGUCGAUCUUCACUCAAAAGAGGCAAAAACCUUCGAUUUUCCAGAGACAAGCUUCAUUGCUGUAACAGCGUAUCAAAACCAGCUGGUAAGAAGGCAUUAUUAUCUUAACUAAUCUUUGCUAGUUUACGAAAAUGCCGACUUGACAAACACGACCCCCACUGUUUGAGAAUAAAGACGUUAACAAGAUGUUAUAAAGAUAUUCAAAAACUGUUGCUGGUCCACUUUGGCUUCCAGAGUGCUUAUUGUAUUCAAAAGGGGAAGUUUUUCAACUUCGGUUCAGAACGAAGUGAGAAAAACAUGUUUUCUCUAAACGAACUGCCAUAUAUUUCGUCGUGAAAAUGUAGUCACUAAACACACCGCUAGGAUCACGGUAGAUGCCAAAGCUUAAAAUAGUUUCAAAAGUCUACACUUAAAAUCGUUAUUAUGAGAAUAUCUCGGUGGGGGUGAAGGAUUUUUUCCUUUUUUUUUUUUAAACCGUUCCAUCCACUCAUGACUCACCCUCUCCGUAAUCUUAUUUCGGUUGUGGCUAACAGCUUAACAGCAGGUCUGGGUCGAUUUUGAGGUUCUAUCUUUGUUACAUUCCACACCAGAUCAAUUAAAAGUGCAUUUCUACACUAUAAAUUUCAGAUUACACGUCUCAAAAUUGACAGCAACCCCUUUGCAAAAGGUUUUAGGGACUCCAUAAGGAUUUUGCCAAUGCAAAGGUAUGUUGACAUAUCAUAUAUUGUAGGAUGAGCUAUUCCUCUUCUAGAAGGAACAAUGGUGUUUAAUACUACAAAAUAUCCUAUCCCUAGGAAUUCGGACGUGCUUUCAUAAGUAGUUUAGCACGUCGGCAGCCUUUAACCUGAAGGAAACAGGUCUACAAUAUAAAGUAACCUAAAUCAAAAUACAAUUACUCUAUGUCAGGUAGUCUUAUUUAUAGAGAGUUGAAGGAAUCGAGGUAUAAUACUAUUAUCGAGCAGGAGGAGGAAGGCUAAUCAAAUUUGAACAAGAUUUGUGCUACCGAAAACAGGCUUAACGUGGUUAAUAUAAGAGGUAGUAAUACUUCCUACAGUGUCCAUUGUGUGAUAAUAUUUUUAUUGUCUUUUUGUUUGUGUUUGUGGUCGUUAUUAAAGGAAAAUUAAAGCAGCCGCUCACGUUAGCGUGACCUAGGCCCAGAUAUUUGUUAUCAGUAGUUCUUUGCAAUUCAGUGAUACUGACCAAUUCUGAAGUGAUUUAUAUAUUUCAAUUUCCCAGUUGACGCAAAUGAUGAGCCCCCAAAGCAAAUUUUUAAAAAAAAAGUGAUUUAUUAAAAGAAAUGAAAUAAUGAGUUAAACAAAAACAAACUCACUCAGUUGAUUACUUUAUCAAUCAUAAUACUUACUUAUGGGAAAUGAAGAGCUGCAAUUCUCUUAGUAUUUACAUCUAGACUUUAAAACCAGUGAAAACCUUGCAUACCACGAUCUCAUUUUUGGUGCAUCCCUAAAAGGAUAUCUGGUCUGAUCCCUGUGGCAAGGCCAUUGUCUGUAAGCCUUUACAUAUGGGCAUGUAUUUUGAAUACAACGUACUGAAUACAAAAUACUGUAGUUUUCCUCCAUUGGCGAACCUUAAUCAAUGCAGGAUGAUGCUAUUGUUGGCCUACUGAGCGUCUAUGUGUUAAUGAGGUUAUCAGACCGGAUGCAAAUUAACCAAAAAGGUUCCAAAGAAGUGAUAACGAAUGUUUUUUCAGAAGAAAUGCUCAGUCAGAGCCUGCUAUUACGCUUUCCGUACGAGUUUAACUUCCCUUCAUGGCACAUUUACGAACUGUCUUCCUUCUUCAUUUUUAGAGAGUGCCCCCACAGAGCGGCAUACCGACAAGGUCAUAUAAACUCAUUAUCUGUCCCAGCUACUUAUCUACCGAGUCAUUUCUUACCUUCGGCUAUUCUACAAAGCCAUCAAAUGGAGCAAAAAGACGCGCAUUGCACUGGGUGUUUGGCCAGUCUCAACGAAGGUCAGUGUUUUUGUCUGGACGUUUGGAAACACUCGCUUAUUUUCUGAAACGAACUUUGGCGAUUGAUCCCAGAUUAGGGUCUCUACAAUCACUGUCGCCAAAGAUAACAUGUUUAAAGACAAAUAAGUAAACAUAGAGACAGACCGACAACAGAAUGACAAGUUUUAUAGCUUUGAUAGCAUAGUUUUACCAUUAUUAGCCUUUCAUUCGGAGCUUAUAGUAUAAUGGUUAUUAGAUUUGACUAAAUCAACACAAAACAAUUUUAAACAUUUUAUUUUGAACCAGUGAGGUGAAAUGGAGCCAGAAAACAACUCCGGAAGUUAGGAAAAACGAUGGAAAUGAUAAAAUUAAAGUCUUGUUUACCUUUUAAUAACUGUACAUUUGUCAAAUCGCUACUUAAAACAGUGACAUCUUCUAAAUCAGAGGAUUUCGAAAAUGUUAAGAACAAAGUUGAAAACUCGACAUUACUAGAAUGAUUUUGGUCUCCGAUGGCAUUAAUCUUGAAUCUGUCCCAAAGUUUCCUUAAUACACGCUGAAAUAUAAUACUGAGCCCACAGUAAUGAGGAAAACGCGGUACUAAAUAUUUCCAAUCAGGAAAUAACUAAAAACGAAACAAUGAGAAAUUCUCUCUAGUUUUAAAAGCUAUGCAAGCCAUUUUUUAAAGACGUCUUGUCAUAUUAAUCCUUAACAUGAGUAAGAUUCACGUACUUAUCGGGUAGAAAGGGAGAAAUAUGCGUGGUUGUCAAAUUAAAUUAUUUGACUGCAUGUUCAAGCGGGGGAAUGGGGUCAGUGGGAAGAGAUAGCCUUUCACGUGAUGAAAGUGGAAGCCACUCGGUGAUUUAAAUCAAGUGUCUAACACGCAUCGUUAACAACCUUUAAAAGGUAUUAAACAGCAAUUUCACCUCUUUAAACUUGAAAACAUCGCAAAAAUGUGCGGAAUAUUUACAGGAAAGAUUCAGGGGCAAAUUCCAACCUCUGGGCAUCUUAAUUUCAACCACGAAAUACAGAUAAAUCUAUUAUUUUCCCGAAAAUCAUAAUGCAAUUUUCUCAUGUCAAGACAUCGCAUUCACACUACCCAGGGGUUGCCCUUUUUAAAUUAUCAUAAACCCCUCUAGAAAGAGGAUUUUAAGCUUAGAGCCCACACUCUCUUGCGAAUUGACUUAAGAACAGCAGCUUUGCGAAAAUCCACGACAACAACCUUGGCAAUUAUUAUUGCGUUGUUUCUGAGAUAUUCUUAGAGAUCUAAGGUCAUACUAUUAGCCUCCGAAGUUCUCUCAUUGAUCAAGUUUUCCUUUCUCAUUUUAUUUUCAACUUUCGGUAAUCACUGAUGGUCGCGUUAUGACGUGGACAAGAUGACCAACUUCUCCUGCUAAGAUAUCUACGAUUAGCUCUUAGAUUUACUUGCGUCUCCUAAUUACAAUAGAUAUAUGUUAAUUACUUUAUUUGCCUUGCACCCUCCGGCAUUGGGAUGAAUUCCACUUGUUUUGCACGCGGUCUCUUUCUCGUAAAAACUUUAGAAGUUGUAAUUAAAUAAUAAGAUUAAUAAGUUUUAAUCUUUGGUUGAAAUAGGAUUUGGAUUAAUAUAUUAUUGAACCAUGUGCCUGUUUUUAUAAUCAUUUUGUAAAAAGAGUUUUUGACAAAAUUUAAUCUUAUAUCUUAUUAGAGAGCGUCCUUUGUGAAGCAUUAAUUCUGACUCAGAAGGUUACUCGUUCGUUGGAGUAACCCGGAACAUAACACCUCAUUUACAACAUCAUAGCCACUCUAGCUAUGCUCACUCUUAAGUGUCCUUAACACUUGGUGGGCAUGAGACCCUGGACUUUUUUUCUCUCUUUUUCACAGAAAACUAGAAAAGUAAAAAAUGUGCAGAUUAUGUGAUAAUCCCUAUGAAAAAAAGAUCUGUAGGUUAUGUAGACGAUUGUAACGGAUUAAAUAAAAGGGGAUCAUAGAAUAAAGCUAGUUUAAUUACAUUAAAGGCUGGGGAGAAAUUAGAUCACGAAUAUGCAAAAAAUGCGUUGUUUGAUCAUACGAACAACCUCUUAAAUGCGCCGAUAGUUGCGAGCCAAAGUCGGUGCUAUCUCAGUCAAACAGUUUUAAAGAGAUGCGGUGGUGUUUCUCGAUUUUUUAUGACACCAUCAAGAAGCAAGAGCCAUUCACACGGAAUUUUUAGUUCAACCUAUACUUUUUUAUUUCGUUGUGGAAAAUGGUAGCAGUAGUCUAAUUCCACCCACUUAAAAAAGUAUCCUUUAAGGACAAAACGGUCAUGCAUGAUACUGCUGAUAGAAAAAGCAGAACUUUCUGGUCAUAUGCGAUACUUAGGAAGUCUAAGGUGACAUACUCGAGAAAAAGUCCUGGCGAAAAAUUUUCUCAUUCAUUCCUGGCAAUAAAUUUCUUUGAACCUUUCGAUAGGUGUAUUUCCCCUAAAACUGAGUCGCAGAAACUUGUCUCUUUUAGUAGUAACCAUCUUACGAAACGUUUGAAAAACCUGCUUUCAUAACUUACAGCCAACUUCUUGUUUUCGAUAGUUUUAAUGCUCGAUUUUGUAAAGAAAGUGUUCCAUAAGCUAAUUAAAAAAAUCCUCAUCCUAAAGAAGCUUCUGAUAAUUUGAAAAGGGCAACUCCUGGGCAGCGUUAAUAUGAUUUCUUGACAGGAGAAAAUUGCAUUAUGACAUUCUGGAAAGUGUAAGUGUCAUCAAAAAUUCUUGAUUGAAGUGGCGUUCUAAAUAUUCGUUAACGUCUAUGUCGUGAUAUCAUCACGAAUACAAGCACAAAGUUCAAUAUUGCUCAAAAAAGAAAAAAAAGUAAACAAAAACAAAACAGAGCAUAAAAGCCAGCCGAAAAGGAAAAAUGAACAAUGAAUUUGGAAAUGAAGGCUGGUCUCUCUGUUCAAAUGUCCUGUAACACCUCUAACUUAGGUAAAAAUGUAAACGAUGUACGAUUUGAUUAAGGCACUUUCACGAAUAAACAACUAAAAGUCUAUUUCUCUAUGUGCCCAUAACGUACAACUACAUGUAUAUCGCUUCGAUCACCUUCUUCGGCAAGAAACUUCUCACUUUUGAUGGUUUAUAUGUCACUUACUGCUACUGACGUGUUUGCAAAUUUUUUAUUUCCCGCUUUGCUUAGAUAUGAUGGGAAUGGCCAGUCAUCAAUGUUUUGCAAACCACAACCCAGUGGCAGAUGGUCAACUCGCAGUCACAGGGAUACCAGUUACACCUGGUCCUUACGUUAUGGAGUCACAACUUAGACAUGUUUCUCCUUGCGUCUCUCCAUACUUCAGUAACGCUCCACAGUAGGCACUGGUAAGCGCUAGUGUCAUAACUAACGUCAUCGCCACCAUCACUAAAUAAAACACCCCAUGGAAGGACAAACUAACAGCGAAAAAUACCGUGUACCGAGCAUUCCUGAGAAAAUUGUUACAACAGUAUUUCUUACCCAAAAAGUAUCACUUGAAAAUGCAAGGUUGGAGUAAAGCACAAAAUGCCGUGUAUUAAAUGUUCCUUAUCAAGAAGGUAAAGAAUGUAACGAUAACAAUCUAACACAUACAGGUCAACAUUUAAU